CAGUUAGCGCUCCAAAGUCAUAGUGAGAAGACACCAAGCUAGAUAGAAUAACGUGGAAAAAUGAGUAACGUUAAUAAUGUUAAUAUCAACGUUCAGUGCGAAUGCUACCAUCGUCGGGGCCUCCUCUACUACGCGAAUCCUUUGGCUUGGGGUCGUCCUUGCCGCAGAUGCCGUCGCAUGAUGUCCAGAAACAACAUUGUGGUGACCGUGCCAGCAGGCCAGGUGGCUUGUCCAGUGCAGACCACAGCCACCACAGUGAUGCCUGCCCAGUGUGCAACCCACUGGCAGUCUCAGCAGCAGUCUCAGACAAUGUCCGCACUGCCACCCAAGUACGAUCAGGCUGUGGCAGCGAACUGAGAAACUCAUGGAUCUGCAAAGAAAUACCUCUUAAAAAACCAAAUAAAAUUUAUGUAAAGAACA